GGUUCUGUAUCUAGUGUCCGUAGUAGUAGUAGUAGUAGUAGUAGUAGUAGAAAGCAGUGUGAGGCGUUGCAAUAUAUAUGUUUAUUGAUUGUAGUGUCUGUCUGUGCGAAAGCAGUUUGGUCCUAGCCGCUGCUGCUGGUGCCGCCGCUGCCGCCGCCAAUGUGCUCAAUGCAGAUGUGACGUGAGUGCAGUGUGUACGAUAGUAACUAUACCGAAUUCGGUUUUCAUCGUCUGCAGUAUUAUCGCGAUGAAGCGAUUAACAUCUACGCGGAUUAACAAUAAAUGUGCUAAAGAAGAUUACGCUGUGAAUCAACAACACCGUAUCGUCAUCAUGUUCACCCCCUGAUAGUUGCAUAUGAAUAUGAGUGGUCAAAUUUGAAGCCGACCAUUCAUCCUCGGAACUGUUCAUGAUUGCAGUGAUGGCAGUUGUAUCGUUAAACAAUUGUCUCUCCUCCCACGGAGGACUGUGGCUAUAGAAAGUUGCCGGGUAUUUCUCAAUAUGGUGCUAUAAUGUUUCCGAAGCUUGUCGGCCUUCUUUUUGUUGGGUGAUGCUGCCAAUGGAAAGUAGUACUAACAGUAGUACAGCAGCACCAACGACAUCGUGUGUGUGGACCGAAAUAACGACGAUGAUUAGCAAGCGAGCGAACGGGUUCCUAGAUGCGGUGCAGUUAGUCUCCUUUCGUUGGUUCCGAUUGGGCUGUUGAUUAUCGUUAACUGUCGCUGAUUCUGUAAUAGCGACAGCCGCAGCACGAAAGGGCAUCGCGACCACGUCCUAUCGCGGUGCUCUGCUGCUGGCCCAGAGCAGGAGAAAAGGUGGGCCAAACACAGCGCGUGGGUUGCCUAUUGAUAUUGAGUGCAACGCGAAAUACCACUCUAAACUGCAGCACGCGAAGUGCACACCAUUUCUGUUGGUGGUGCUGCUGUUGCCGCCGGCAAACACUGUUAGACAAUUACCCAGGGGGGGACUAGGCUGCGCCGCGCAGAUGAGAAGGGAGAUGGGGUUUUAUUAGGAGUUCGCAGUUCGGCGCGGGAUUACUGCGGGUGCUACUGCAAGUGUUACUUGGGCACAUAGGCUAAUUUGCGCCACCUUUAUUUAAAAAAAUGUAUGAUCGUGUUACCCAAGGAAUCAAUCGAAAACGGUAAAACCGUUGCAGCCACUGUGGUGAUCAACAAUAACCAAAGACAACUCGUACCACCACCAUCAUCGCCUGAUAGAGGUAACGGUGUUACUGCAUACGCAGCAAAGAGGCAAAAGGAGAUCUCUUCUUCCAUUUCAACAUCUGCACCAUUAGCGUUUCGACACGUCAGCACGUUGACAACAGGUGGCACUAACAACAACAGCAACAACUAGAACAAAUGAAAUUGACCAGCUAGAUGCUUCGAGGUUUCAGUGAAUGCAUAUAUUGCAAUUCUCGUUCAUUGUCUGUACAUAUACGUUCUCUUCAGAUUACUUUUUGAUAUUUAUCGCGCGCUGGUGCUGCUGCUGCAACUGCUGUGGCCGCCGCGCAUACCAUGGGAGGUCAAUUAUCAUGUUGUUCGGCACCGAAUUCGCCGGGAACCCGACGACGUUCCGGUAAAAAAGAUUAUCGAAAUUCGGCCGACGGUGGUGGCGAGUCGAAACGUGUUAGCGCGCAGGAUGACUCAAGUGCUCGUAAGAGCGCCUCUGCGUCUGUCAGUUUACAGCAUAUAUCCGAACGAGAACUAUGUGAUGACGACACGGAUCCAUCAACAGACCCGACAAAAGGUGCCAUCUUCAUGCAACGCUCACAGAGUGAUAUGAAUAAUCAGGCAACAAGACAAACCCGCCACCGAAGUGAAGUUUAUUUAUCGCACGCCGUUUCACCAAACGCAGCAAUCUCCGCAGCUUCGGCGAGUCCUCGGCUCAAGAAAGCGAACUCCUGCUCCACAAUCUACCUCGAUGAUUCAACGUUAUCACAGCCAAACCUCAAACACACGCUCAAGUGCGUAACGUUAGCCAUAUUUUACCAUAUUCACAAUCGGAGAUCAGAUCGGCUGGUUGACAUCUUCGACGAGAGUCGGUACCCCCUAACUAAGGAAGAGUCAUGCACGUUGCGCGCUGAACCGGACCAUCGAACGAUCUACCGCUUCAUGCGGUCUCUAUUUAAUGCGGCACUUCUGAGCGCAGAAUGUGCCAUUGUCACGCUGGUUUACCUUGAACGGUUACUGACGUACGCCGAGACGGACAUGGUUCCAGUAAGCUGGCGAAGAAUGUUACUUGGCGCAAUUCUGCUUGCGUCCAAGGUCUGGGAUGACCAAGCAGUGUGGAACGUCGAUUACUGCCUCAUACUGAAGGAGACUCGCGUUGAAGAUAUGAACAACCUCGAACGGCGUUUGCUGGAGCUCAUCGACUUCAAUAUCAACGUACCGUCGAGCGUGUAUGCAAAGUACUACUUCGAAUUGAGGUCGCUCGCCGAACAGAACGGAUUGGCAUUUCCUGCCGAACCCCUUAGCCGGUCACGGGCACAGCGACUCGAAGCGAUGUCACGCCUUCUUGAAGAUCGUGUACUCAACGAGAGUGUCGCCAACGGCCGUCGGUGGACGAGUCUCGAUAACGUGUCAAGCGCGACGAACGCUGUUCCCCGCCGAUCAACAGUUAUCCUCUCAUAACUGUAUCAGACACCACGAUCUCUGCGUUUUUUUUAAACGACCAUCAUAUGCAAGGCCAGCGCUAUUGCACCCGGUUGCCGUAGUGAAUAGUCUUGUAGUCAGACCUUUCAUCAAUGCAUAUGAAUAUAUAUAUUCACUGUACAUGGAUGUCAUAAUUAUUCGACUUGCAACGAGGCCUAUAUAUGUGAAUGUACCUUAUUAUUAUACGUAACCAUCAUCGCCAACAACUAUAAACAACAACAGGCACGACCGACGGUCAAAUCGGAGCUCAAAAACUCAAUGGGACAGCUAGUCGGAGCUUUAUGUAGUUUGCAAAGGACUUCUUUUGAUAGUGAGUAGCGAUAACGACAACUACUGUUACAAUCAUGGUUUGUAUUCAUUGUAUGCGAUAUAAUAGCUCGCCCUCAAAUUUGAAAGGCCAGGCUUAUGAACACCAUUUGAUGUCUCUGGUAUUAGGUCCAAGAGAUACACGGAUAGAGCUGAUCAAGCUAGCCAGUCAAUGUCACCGCAAAACAGAUCAGAAAUCAAUGCUACUACAGCGAAUCGUAGUUCUUCGUAUUAUCUGGUCAGGUCUUCACAGCUUAAGGACAUCGUCAGAAAUAUCUCAACGCAAUGCAGGUGUUCAAUAUCGAUUCAACACGGGGAGAAACACGAGGUAGCAUCGGUAUGAAACACAUGUUUGCUACGUGAGGUCCAUCCAUAAUGAAAUUUGCCGUUCCGUCCUACUUCGGUACUGCGUCGUUCAUCCCCUCGGAUCGAAUGGAAUAUGCCAUGGCGAUGAUGGUGAUGACGAUGGCGAUGAUAAUCAUGAUGAUAACAAUGAAAAGAAAUAAUCCCUGCCACCAAUAAGAUUUUAGUCUACAAUAGUUCAAACUGUCUAGUGGAGCAUACAAGCUAGCCAGUUUGUUCUUGCCUAAUUAGAGCGUUAAUAAUGGAUGCUCGGUCGACUCGUGAAGCUGCAGCACGCCACGUCUUUGCGUGACGAGUCAGUGAUUAAAUUAAAUCACAACAUUUGCCCUCAGCAGAAAUUAUCUUCAAGGUGGAAGUUAAUAAAAUCUAUCAAGGAAUGAAGGCCGUUACAACGAGAAAAUGGCGAUACUGAUAGAGGCUAUUGGUAAUAAUGUAAUGUAUUGGUAAAAUUUGCUGGAACGUAACAACAUGGGUACAUGCACACGCUUCCAGGCAAUACAGGUAUGCAGACAUGUUUGCUCAAAUAGGAAUAGUCGUGCACAAUAGGUGACAGUCAGGCCAAGAUUCAGGUCGAAUCACGUACUCAUCGUCAGUGCAAGCUGUUGACUGACAGAUGAGCGGUGCACAUUUCUUAGCCGCGCCACAUCAACUACCACUAAUACCGCUGGUACCUGCAAUAGGCGGAAAAAAAAUGCGCAAAAGUUUAUCUUUCACUAUCAUCGAACACACACAACAUCUCCCGAAUACUUGUGAUAAAGAUGUUCAUCCAUGGAUGACGCUUCAUUAAUUGGGAAGAGCAAGCAUAUCGUCUUUACUACUGUGGCCGAUAACGAUUGUACUAGUACCAAUACUAAAUAUAAAAGGAAGAAAACAGAAAAAUAGUAAUAAUAAUAAUUAUUAUUAUUAUUAUUAUAGUACAAUAUUUAAAUGGUUGAUGAUGGCUGAUGGUGAUGCUUGUGUGAAGAUUUCGAGUGACAGAGAUGGAUUUAUUGUUAAGGAAAAAAUAAUCAGGAAUCGUAAAUGAAUAGAUAUGGGUAAAAUUCAGAUAGGAAUUCGGUGCGGGAAGGUAUAAAUCUUUAUUGUAAUUUCGUAAUGGCUAACGCAUGAGUCAUAAACUGGUUGAUUGGUGGAUGGGCAAUUGAUUGAAUGAUUGAUUAUAUUGACAGGUUGAUCGGGACACAAAGAAUAAGUACGCAACUAAGACAUUUAGUAUGAUGGUAAUCUAUGUCGUAGAAUAAAAUCAAUGAAUUAUAAUAAUUAUAUAACCUAAUUUUAACCUAUACUUAUUUAGCAGACCUCAUGUGCGUGAUUAGCAAAUUGAAUACUGUUAAGCCGUAACGAAACAAUCUUUAUUAAUGAAAACAAAGCAAGUUUGCAGACAAAGAGGACGUACAUUGAGUUAGAAAAGAGGUUGAGAUAGGAAGAAUAUAACUACGGAAUAAAAAAUUUAUUUCAUAAUAAUAAUCUUAAGAAUAACGGUGAUGAUAAUGAUACUAAUAAAUGUGUUUGUGAGAUGGCGGUGUCAUGGGAAUGAUAUGAAACCCUAGAAUGACACGCUGUUACAACCACCGCUCAAUGCUCUACGACACUUAAGUUGUCUGAUCUUCUUCACACGCUAAUUGCGGUCUUACAGUAAUUCAUAAUCACCUCAGCAAGUAAAUAUUUUGGAAAAACGGAUAAAACGAGAUACAUGAAAAAUGAAAGUAGAAGAAAAACACAUUUCUUUAACGAUUGUUGUUGUUACUUAGUUGCAAUCAAAGAAAUAAUUGCCGUCCUGUAGCUUUCCGACCAAUUGCAAUUCUGUUACAGUCAUACAUCGAUUUUUUUGAGCGCAUUGAACACUACGAAGUCCGACAAAGCUUUGUCGGACUGUGGAUAAUAGGUGAGAUAACUUAUCGAGUUUUUCAAGCCCUUUACAGUAUUCAAUAUUGUUAAGUAAACCUUAAAAAAGGAUGAAAUGUUAGCUUUAAAUUGUUUUCUGUUUUCUUUUUCAGUUUAACUAUCACAAAUUGACUGCUAUAUUAUGAUAGCAAUUUGUUCCUAUAGCAUCGGGGGCAGCAAACUCAGAACUUAUCUCUCGAAAAAUAAGAGUGAAACAAACUGGCCGAUAUUUUUAUUUAUUCCCACAUUCUAUUGUUAAUCACACAUUACACCGUAUGGACAGGGGAUUAGUUUAGUUGGCAGUUUUUGAUCUUCACAUAACUAGAUGCCUACCUUUGCCGUUUUUGACAGUUGUACUGUAAAAAAGCACGGGCCAUUUAAAGAAACAUGCGCGACGCAAUAUACACCUGUGCGUAUGUACGAAUAAUAUCACCUAAAAAUGAACUAGAUUACUUCACUCGUAUUUCAACAGUAGCAUUAUUGUUUAUAGAAAUCCUCCGCUGGCAAAUUUCGUUAGGUGACAUGCGUAGUAAAGGGUAUUGAUAUUUUCUACUGUCGCUGUUGGAAUAAUUUCGCGGUCAUUCAUUCUUGUGCUCUGUAAUUUUGUAGGAAUGCUUAUAGGCGGCAAGAAGUGCAAAGAUAAAGUUUAGGUUGUUUCUUGCAUUAAAUGACACAUUUUUGUAAGACACAAGAUGUAAAUUUGUUUGUACUGCUGAUUUAACGGCUAUGUUACAUCGAUGAUUGUUGAGAAUUGAGUCUGUUGCAUUACAUUGUUAAGUUAUAAUCCCGUGCGUUCAAUUUACACGAAAAUAAAAUGCAAAAUUUUUAACGCCAAGCCCUUUAGACACUUAGUGUACGCUUGUACAUAGCUUCUUUUCGCUCUAGACAUGUAAACACUAGACAUGUAAUUUUCAAGUUUACAAAGUCCAUGUAGGUAUAUAUACACGUACUUGAAAUAUAAAAUAUGCCCCGCCAUUAACUUUGUGAUGGCGUUUCGUGUUCGCUUGCGUGUGCUUGGCUUACUGCCGUAUGGGUUACGGCUCACUCAGGUCUUUUUUGUCAUACCUUUCAAUAAAAAUUAUCGCCGUGCAGACGGUCGGGGGCCACCCGCUACUGCUAGCUUCACUUUCUAUCGCUGUGACUGUAUAUAGAUGUUUUCUUUGACAUAUCUACGACGACUAUCGUCGUCGUCCGUGGGACUAACCAGACAGCGUCGCGGAAAGUACUAGCCAAAGUCUACAUUAACGAGAAAGGCAUGCGCAUUGACGACGCAAUUAGAUGACUUGAUUUUUGUCUCUGUUUGCGUGUGUGUACGUGUGUAUAUGCAUGGGUAGGUAGUUUCGGGGACGGCGGUGCAACGGGGGCAGGAGAUUAUGACAACCAUGCUUUUGAAGCAUACGAUAUAAUGGAUUAUGUCGGUUUAAAAUAACGCGAAGAAGUAAGAUAAUCUUUCCAUACAUUGCCAAAUCUGUGACGGAGGUGUACUCUAUGUAUAAUACAAUUAAGCGGAGCAGAUGGAUCGAUAUUAUAUUAAUAGACAAUUAGUGGUGGUGCUGCUUAUUUAAUGACGUUCUUAUAGGUGAUGAAUGGUUGCUAGCAAUUUGAUUAUAAUUAAAGCCGAUUAUAAAUUUAUAUGCUAUCGUCCACCCAUUCCUUUUGUGUUGUCAUAUCGAAUUAGGGCCUUCUAAAAUGCUUUUUGUGUCCUGUCAUAUCCUGACCAUCGUGAUCUAAUCGUAUUUUUUAACUAACAAAACUUAGCACAACGUUGUGUAAUGCAAUGAGGGCACUUCUAAAAUUUAUAUAAUAAAUUUUAAGUUCCUUAGGCACAAAGAGGAUCCUAUUGCUUUAAACUGUGAAUUAUUUUGUGUGCAUCUCACAUAUGGAUUGCUUAAACACGUAAAUUGUAGAAUUUAGAGUGAAAAUUGCCUUCUAAAUAUAGUCCGAGCCGAUGAUAGUCCGUGAGGGUUCAUGUUAGUACGGCAUAUUUUGAUUGUCUGGACUCUAAACACAUUCUAAUGCUGUAGAAAGACCAUAUAACGUUUGAUCAUUCAGAGUAGUCCUUUAUCCAAAAAUGAAUCGUGCUGAUUGACAACUAAAUCUAUAGAUUAUUCGAUCCAUUUUUAUGAGCUAUUUCAAUUCAGAAUCCGAGUGUCAUGUGACCACAAAACAUAAUUGAUUUGGUUUGAUGUUAGUAAUGUGCCUCUGCUUAUUCUCCGUACAGAGAAGCUCGCGUUGUAUGCUGAAACAUUCCACUGGUUACCUAAACUUGCCAGUAACGGGUAAUCUUCUAUUGCAAGGCAUUGUGGUCUUUCACGUAUAUUAGGUCUAACUUUGAAAAUAGCUUACAAUUGAGUAUUAGCAAAGGGGCCACAGUCUCUUUUACUCAACGGACAAGUGAAAAUUUGCAAUGACGAUACUCAUCACGCAAGCGCCUAUUUAAAAUAGGCGGCAUCCAUACAAUACCGUCAUAGCUGUUACAACAACAAUAACAUUGACUGGAUUACAAAUGAGCUCGUUCCGUCGUAGGACUCUAGCUCCAUUGUUACGUUCUUACGUCAGUACCUCAGCAAUAGCCUGUAUAUAACUGAUCCCAGACAGAUUUGCAAUUUCAGUAAACAUAAAAAUAAAAGGAACCCAUUAAAAUUGAUAAGGAUAAAACUACGGCAAAAUAAAUGGGUGAAUACAACUACAUUUACAAAUAGGAUGUGCGAUUACCUAAUUAACUUGCUGGCGAUUUAAAAAUAAGGAGCGAACAUAUAGGCUAGAUAAAUAGAAAUAGACUGAAAUGUGGUUGCAAGGAAGAGAAGCAAAGCAGAAAACAACGAUAAAGGGCCAAUAAAUGCAACAUCAACAAAUUGUUAUAAAUCAAAAAUGCCAGCCGACGUUCCUAGUUCGUUUAAUCACGACGAAACCGGCUCAAAGACGGUAACGUUUUACAUCAUUAUUAUCAUUAUUUUAUUCAUAAUAAAACAAUUAUGAAAAACAAAGGAUUGAGCUCUCAUUUCCUGCUGAACAGUCGACAACAAUAU